GUUUUGACGUCUUUUUUACAUUCCAUUGUUUUUCGAACUCUCGUUGUCGCUGUUUGCUUUGUUUUUUAUUUAUUUUCUAAUUCACCACACCACCUCGUAUAUCUUUGUUAUACAAAACCGCCAGCCAUGGUUUAUCCGACUGUUAAGAAAUUUGAUCCUUUAAUCGUUAAGAAUAUCCAUAUUAACAAAAACAGCGUCGAAGCACAAGUGCAGGCAAUACUCCAGAGGAAUAAAGUUAGUAGCAAAGAUCUGCUGGCUGCUUGGCUGCUGAGAGCAAUCAGUGUUAUAGACCUGACUACUCUCUCAGGUGAUGACACUCCCUCCAACGUCAAGAGGCUAUGUAUAAAAGCUGCAUAUCCACUAACUGCAAACACUAUCAAAACUGUGGAGGGUCAGAAAAUCAGAACUGCCGCAGUGUGUGUUUAUCCUAGCAGGGUGCAAGAUGCAUACUCUACUAUCAGACGCAUGGGUUUGGUUAAUGAGUUGCCUGUAGCUUCAGUUGCUACUGGAUUUCCAUCUGGUCUUUACCCUCUGAAUUCAAGGCUGGAUGAAAUUAAAAUGGCUGUUUCAAAUGGGGCUAAAGAAAUAGAUAUAGUCCUGGACCGCAGCCUUGUACUCAGAGGCAAAUGGGAAGAACUGUUUAAUGAAGUGAUCACUAUGAAAGAGGCUUGUGGUGAAGCCCAUAUGAAGGUUAUCCUUGGGGUGGGCGAACUUGGUACUUAUGAAAAUGUUUACAAAGCAUCCAUGGUAUCAAUGUUUGCUGGAGCCGACUUUAUCAAGACAUCAACCGGCAAAGAAGCUGUCAAUGCUACUCUGCCUGUGGGGCUGAUCAUGUGUCGAGCUAUACGCCGUUACUAUAAGAUGACCAACAAAAAGGUGGGGCUGAAACCGGCUGGUGGGAUAAAGACGGCAACAGAUGCGGUCAACUGGCUCGUUCUGGUCAACAAUGAGUUGGGCCCGGAGUGGCUGUCCCCCAAACUCUUCCGUAUCGGAGCCUCUAGUUUGCUUGAUGUUUUGGAGAAAAGUUUGAAUCUUCAUUAACUUCUUUAAUUGAAUAUUUUUUUUACAUUAUUUUGUGCCAUAUAUAACAUAAUUUACGUUUUAUAUUCUCUACUAUUUUUGGGAUAUUUGUAACGAAUUUUAAUUAGUUUUAUAAGUAUAGCCUGUUAAAAUACUUUAUGUUAAAGUAUGUAUUGUCAUUAUAAAUAGCAUUUACAAAAUAUCUAAUUUUGUAAAAUGCUAUAAUGCGAGCCAAAACGAGACAAAAACCUACUUUAUCUUACAGUAUGCUUUAUCUUUUUUAUAGAUGACAGGAAUAGGAUAGUUUAUAACUUGGUGCUCUUAAUAUUUUUGAAUUUGUAGGUAAUUUUUUUGACAACUUUGUAAUGUUAUAUUGAAUGUAUAUUUAAUAACUGUGUGUUAUUUAGUAUAGUAGGUAUGUGCCUACAUUUCACAUUCCAAAGUAAAACGAUACGAACUUAUUAGAGGUGCGUUAUUUAUACAGUAUGUUGUAUAUUAAAUUACACAAAAUCUAUUAAAUAUAAACUCUAAAAUACACAUAAUUAUAUUUUUUAUAAUAUUUACAAUGUAUUUUUGAUUUCUUAAAUAUGUAUAGGUAACCAAAGGCUAGUAGGUAAGCACGUUUUUAUUUUAAUAUUACAAAAAUAAAAAUAAAUGAAGAGUGCAUGUGUCUAGCAGACGUCUAAAAUAUGCACGUGACAUCUAAAUAUGUUUCAUUUACAUACCUGUAUGUAUUAGCAUACACUCUAACCAAUCGUUCGUUUUAUAUCUUUUGUGUUCAAAUAUAAAUUUAUUGUUUGUUAAAUUUUUAAUUUUUUAAUAAAACAUAUCUGCAUUUUUAUACUUUA